AUGCAGCUUCUUGCAAUCCUUCCACCGGCACUGCCAGCUGAUGGCCAAGACGAGCCAAGCACACAAGGACUCUUGCUGUCGGUCCAUGUGAGGACCAAAGACGGGGUCUGCGAGCAGCUGCUGGCGCGAGGAUCUGAGCUGCCUGCAGAGACCAAAAAAGUCCUUACCACCACUCAGGACGAUCAGGCUGCCGCUCGGAUUGAGCUGUACGCCGGGGAGCGACCUUUCUGCGAAGGCAAUCGCUUCUUGGGAAUGCUCGAGCUGGCUCCCCUACCGAUUCCAUCAUACAGGUCCUUUGUGCAGCUUGAGGUAGCUGUGCAGGUGGAUGCAAAUGGUGGAAUUCGUUGCAAUGCGGCUGAAAUCGAGAGUAGGGCUUUGGGUGAGCCUUAUUGUUACGGAGAAUGGCAUGGCAAUGUCUGGGACUCGAAUCCUCCGCCUGUUCCAAACCCAUACACUGAAGUAGCUUUGUUUUCGUACGCUAUCACAAAGCAUUUGCCAGUUUUGUUGCCAACUCGAGCUAUUCGGCUGCCUAGCGGGCGGGACAUAGUUAUCCGACAACACCAGCGCCGAGAAGAAGAACGUAUUGGGACAGGAGGAGUUCUGUGGGAAGCAGCUAUUGUACUGGCCGACUUUGUCGGACGCAACACGCACAAGUUUGACUGGAAGGGCAAGCGCGUUCUAGAGCUGGGAGCCGGCACUGGUUUAGUUGCCAUCUCGCUCGGCAUUGAGGGUGCAGAAGUUUGUGCAACUGAUGGCAAUCCGAGAGUUUUAGAUGGUGCCAAGGCAAAUAUAGAGGCAGCAAAGCCUUUCCAAGGUCGAGUGACUGUCGAGCAGUUUGACUGGAAUUCUGCUCACGACCUAGCAAAGAUCCAGGAAGCUGGGCCUUGGGAUGCAAUUGUAGGAAGUGAUCUCGUGUAUCCUGGCAAUGCUGGCAGAAAGUGCGUGGAUUCAAACCAGCAAAUGCCGCUCGCAGAUCAGACCCUGAUGUCUCUUUUUUCCGCUCUUGCCACUACCGAAACCGUCAUCCUGCUGGCUCUGAAAGACCGUACCGGUGAACUGCACCGCUUUAGAGAGAGCAUUUCGCGAUCUGGAGGUUGGACACUCCAGUAUGCUCCACCGGUUUUGAUGGUAGCCGAAAAGCCUUCCAUUGCCCAGACCUUGGCCGAUGCUCUCUCUCCUGGUCACAAGUACACCACGCGAACAGGGGUGUCACCAGCCUGCAAAGUCUUCGAGUACGAAGGAGAUUUUUAUGGACAGCGGGCUUGGUUCAAAGUUACCAGUUGUGCUGGUCACGUGUAUUCCAUUGAUUUCCCGCCGGAGUUCAACAACUGGGACAGAGUGGAUCCCUUGACUCUUUUCGGCGCCCCAACUGUCAAAAUGGAAGCAAAUCCAAAGCUCAGGAUGCCCAAGCACUUCCAGACGGAGGCCAAAGGGUGCUCGUAUCUGGUGCUUUGGCUGGAUUGCGAUCGAGAAGGGGAGAACAUUUGCUACGAGGUCAUGGACAAUGCGGUUCCAAAUUUGUCCUCUGCUGGUGGACAGCAGCAAGUCUGGCGCGCGCAAUUCUCUUCAUUGGCUCCGGUGGACCUCAAACGGGCCAUGGCCAGUCUCGGGUCUCCGAACAAGGACAUGUCCGACUCUGUGGAUGCUCGCGCAGAAAUGGACUUGAAGCUUGGUUGUGCAUUCACACGCUUUCAGACAAAGUACUUCCAGGGGAAGUAUGGAGAUCUGGACACCAACCUGGUUUCAUAUGGUCCCUGCCAGACGCCGACGCUCUGGUUUUGCGUGAGACGUAGCGACGAGAUCAAUUCUUUCCAGCCAGAAAGUUAUUAUACGAUCGAUGCAACAAUUUCGAAGAUUGGUAGACAUCUUGACUUACAGUGGGACAGAGGCCAGGUUUUCGACAUGCCUGUUGCCAGCUUGUUUAUGAACCUGAUUCAAGACACCGCUAAAGCCAUGGUCACCGAGAUCUCGCAGAAGGAGGAUAGGAUGGCGCGCCCGCAAGCCUUGAACACUGUCGCGAUGCUGAAGAUGGCCAGCACAAGGCUUGGACUUGGACCGCAGCAGGCAAUGCAUAUGGCGGAGCGAUUGUACUUGGACGGCUACCUGACCUACCCUCGGACAGAGACAAAUACCUAUCCAAAAAAUUUCGACUUGCAGGGCGCUGUUCGAGCACAGUCUGGUCAUCAUACCUGGGGUCCAUACUGUCAAGAUCUGCUUUCAAAAGGACUUGCGAAAGCUAGGGAAGGUGUGGACAUGGGCGACCACCCGCCCAUAACGCCUGUACGUGCUGCAUCUGAAAGUCAGCUUGGAGAUGCCUAUCGCUUGUACGAGAUGAUCACUCGCCACUUCUUGGCAACUGUCAGUUCUGACUGCAAAUUUCUGAGAACACGAGUGAACUUGGACAUAAAUGGCGAGGGCUUCUCGCUGACCGGCCGCAAAGUCAUAGAUCCUGGCUUUACGGCCAUACAGCGCAGUGGCGAGAUGGAGGACGUCGUUAUACCUGAUUUCAGCAGAGGGGAAGCAGUUGAGGUGAAGAAAGUUUCCAUGGGAAGCCAUAAGACACGACCUCCGCCGUACUUAUCAGAAUCUGACCUUCUCUCGCUAAUGGAGAAGCAUGGAAUUGGAACUGACGCAUCCAUGGCAACCCACAUCAAUAAUAUUUGCGAGAGAAACUAUGUGAAGCUUGCAGAGGGUCGACGCCUCAUACCUACACAACUGGGCAUUGCACUUGUGCAUGGAUACCAGAUGGUGGACAAUGAGCUAGUGAUUCCCAAAGUACGUGCCAAUAUGGAGAAGAACUGCACCCUUGUAGCGGAAGGCAAGGCUGACAUUAUGCCGGUGGUUCAGCAUUGCUUGCGGCUCUUUCGUGACAAGUUCAUCUACUACGUCGCAAAUGUUGAUCUGGUUGACCAGCUCUUUGAGACGAUCUUCAAGUCCUUGGAGGCAGCCGGCAGGCCGCUCUCAAGAUGUGGAGAUUGCCAGCGGUAUCUCUCGGUGGUCGACAGGAAGCCGGUUCGAAUGUUUUGCAAAACGUGCAACCGCAUCUUCAAGAUGCCGCAGAACGGACAGAUGAAACUGUACAAAGAGCUUAAGUGCCCGUUGGAUAACUUCGAGCUGGUUUUUGUCGCGAACAAGGUUGGCAAAAGCUAUCCCAUCUGCCCUAUGUGCUAUGAUGAUCCACCCUUUGGUGCCAAGGAAGAGCAGGGCAAGCAUUGGAAUCUGGAUCAUCCGAUUUACAAGAAGUAUCGCCCAGCUGUCAUGUCAUGCAUAGCAGACAAUUGUUCUGGAACUCUCUGCUUGGACGUGGACUCUGGACCGAAGUGGCAGAUUGAUUGCAAUGUUUGUUUGCAGCAAUUGGCCAUUUUUGAGGACAAGGCUCACAAGAUCAAAGCUACCAGUGAUUUGUGCGACGAGUGUUCGUCCGUCCUCCUCGAAGUUGUGUUCAGCAAGGGCAAGUCUCCUCUCCCUGAUGGUCAGAUGGAGAGGAAGGCGUGUUUAGUCUGCGACGAAGUAUUCAACGCGCAUACUGUCUCCAAGACUGGAAAGAAUUUCUUCCGGAGGAACCCUGGCAAGGGCAAGGGCAAGGGCAAAGGGAAGAAGGGCAAAGGAAGAGGCAAGGGGAUGCGCGCGGCUCAACUCUGGGCACCCAGCUGA